CAAUGGAAGAGGAAAAAAAAGAAGUUGGGUUUGAAAUUGGAACAGAGAAGCUAAAACUUGAAGAAGAAGAAGAAGAAGAAGAUAAACAACAAGAAGAACAAGACAUAGAUGAUAACGUUUUGCAAUUUUUGGAUUCGGUAGACAGUUACUUGACUCUAUUUGAUUCUUUAUCUUCUACUCUUCGCCAGGGAUGGCUGGAAUUGGCAAGUGCUAGACAUUCAAUGGGGGCUUCACGCCUUAAUAGCUCAUUGUUAGACCUUAAAUCCCAUCCUGCUUCUACAUCAUUGCAACUAACAAAACAUCAUGAGGGAGAACCCCAGUUUAUCUUGCGGAAGUGGUUAUCAUUGGGUGAUUGUGAUGAGCAAAAUACCAAUGAUGAUUUGCUGGAGAAAUCCGGCACUCCCCAGCUUUCGGAAGAGGAAACCUCUCCAAAGCAAGCUUCGAGUAAGGCUGAUGACAAAGUUCAAAAGGAACGAUCAAGAUCACUAUCUGUGUUUGGAACUUUAGUUUCACCAAAGCUUCGAGCUGCUCAACUAUCAUUUGAAACAGCUCUGGAGACGGCUGUAGAAAUAGCAAACAUGCGUUCAGCAAUGCUGUCCGCCUUUGAUCGAGUCCACGAAGAACUGAAUGCACCAAAGACAUAAAGACAGAUUAUGUUUCUUCAGCCAUGUGAGACCCUCGAUCCGUUGAAGGUUAUAGCACUGCUGAGAUGGUGUCUGAAUAACUUUUAACUCUAUUAGAGAAAAUUUCAUUUCCCUGGGUUUUUAAAAGUAGGCCAAACACAAAAGGGAAAAUGCAAUCUCGCUUCUCUUGUUUAAUUUCCUAUAUUUUUCUCUUGCAUCAUUUGGCUACUAUAAAUAUUAAGCGUCAACUUAGUUAAUAUACUAUUUGGACGGUGUUAUUGUUA